CAAAUUUUGAGUUUAAUGAAUUUAGAGAACGAAUGAAUCAUUGUAUUGAUUCGGGUGUCAAGGCUAAUCUUCGUAUGAGAUUUACCUGUCGUGUUCAUGGUAAUGAUGGUAAGUUAAUUUGUGAACAGCAAGUAUUGAAUGAAUUGGUUGUUGAUCGUGGGCCUUCACCUUACGUUACCCAAUUGGAAUUGUAUGGAGAUGGAUCUUUGCUCACCGUUGCCCAAGCUGAUGGGUUGAUCAUUGCUACUCCUACUGGUUCCACUGCAUAUUCUUUAUCUGCUGGAGGUUCACUUGUACAUCCUGGCGUCAGUGCCAUUUCGGUGACCCCAAUUUGCCCUCAUACCCUUUCAUUUAGACCAAUUUUACUUCCUGAUGGUAUGUUCCUUAAAGUUAAAGUUCCAGAUACCAGUCGUGCCACUGCAUGGGCUUCAUUUGAUGGGAAGGUACGUACUGAACUUAAGAAGGGAUUUUAUGUAACUAUUCAAGCUUCUCCAUUCCCAUUUCCUACCGUGACAUCUUCCAAAACCGAAUAUAUUGAUUCGGUUUCACGUAACCUUCAUUGGAAUGUCCGUGAACAACAGAAACCGUUCAGUUCAUACUUGACUCCUGAGAACCAGAAACGACUUGAACGUCAUGAUAAAUCUGAUAUGGAGAAUUUCCUGAGUAUACAAACUACUAAUGAAGUGCACGCUGAUUCCGACAACGAAGAAGCAUUUGAUAUCAACUAUAGUGACGAUGAUGGUGAGAAUGAGAAGGAAGAGGAAAUAGAACACGAAAGAGAGAGUUCGGAUGAGGAUUUUGCAUUCAUCCCUGCCGACAGUGGGACCCUGACUCCAAUGAGCCUGAGUUAUAAUAAUAUUGAUGAUAGAUGUUGUUUUGCCCAUCCCCAUGCCAGAAUAAGUUUAAAUCAGAGAUUUUGAGCCAUUGAAUGGUAAUGAAUAAUGUCAUGAGUAAUGUGUAACUGUGGCUGAUGAUCUAGUCAUAAUUAACCAAAUGAAUUGUAUAUGUCUUUUAUCUAUAUUUUGCAGUUUAAUACUACGUUAAUAACGCGU